AAGGCUACUAACCACUGCUAUAGGUGUUUGGUGUUGUGGAAGUUUAUUUUCCUCAGCCUUUACGUAAAUGUUUACCCAGACCUACCUAGAUUCUGCUUUGGGCUUUUUCCUCUAGCAGUUGCUAUUGGGCAAAGAAUAUAUAAGCCAACACUCAGAUUUCCGUAUGAGUUUUCUGCUGCUGUCUAAAGGCAUAUGUUACAUUUUUUUCUGUUAAAGGUGAGGGAAGAUGGACCAGUGGCCUAAAAAUGUAUCUGUGGCCCCAAUAAAACUACUACUGCUCUGGAAUCUUCCCAUCCAAGUGUUUUAACCUCUUCCUUUCCUCAAUUCCUACUGGCUCUUCCUUGGUUUUUCCAGCCACCACCUUGCCUAGCCUCUAAGGGUAUCCUAACCCUAGCUUGGCCUUGAUGUUGACAGAUUCCUUUUUCUACUACCACAGUCCAGAUAAGAUUGGAGUGUGUGUUUGGUUUUUUAAGGAACUGUAUUAAGAAUUCAAGGUAAAAAAGGGGGGAUAUAUUUAUUGAGUUGAUAAAAGAGAGAUUGCUUAUCCUAAGGUGAUUGAAGUCUAUCUACAAAGUAGUCAAGCCUCACAUUGUUCAUUGGACAGUCAUCCCAGUUUCUUUUGUUAGUUCAGUGGUUUGGAUGCUAGGUUAAAUGACUCUGGAAGGAAGGGAUUUAAUUUUUUCUCCUCAGAAAAAUUCUAUCUACUGAUAAAUACAAGCAAUUCUCUGAAAACCUUUCAAGAAUUUAGAAAGGGAAUAUCACUGCUGUGUUGUGCUUUCCAUGACAAGCCUAAAAGUGUGUAUUAGGAAUAUCUGAAAGGCAAGUUUGUCUAGCUAUAGUUUUCCAGUUAGUAAAGCGGUGGGCAACAUAGCUUGUGUUGUAUUUGCUCUUUCCAUCUGAAUUUCUUUAAUUCUGGACCGAUGCUUCUCGGUGGUAGGAACUAUCUAUUCCUAAUAUCUGAAAUAGCCCCUGGCAUACAGUAUGUACUCAGUAAAUAUUUGUUAAAUGAAUGGAACUUAACCAGGUUGUUAUUCUUUUUUCAGUAUAUGUUUUAGGAAGUAUGAAUCAUAUCUUUCUGUCUUUUAAGUCAUAAAAAAGAGUAACUUUGAAGAUUACAUGAAAGUUGGCACCCUAUAAUAAAGAUUAUUCCUAAUAUUUCUGUUGGGAUCCUAGAAAGAUCAGGCAUAAAGAAUGCAGUAUGCUUUUAAAUACUACUAAGAAUAUGGAUGUUUGGAAACUAUAAGACACAACCCUGCUCUCAUGUUAAUUCCCAGAGUGAUCAUUGUGUUGCAGUAUACUUCUGGAAAGACAAAGUUUUAUAUUUAAAUCAUAAAUUUGUAAGGGUAUGAAGUAAGACAUUUUCCUAAUUUCUUACACUUAGGCUAAAUGUUCAGUUGUGGUGUAAUAAAUUUUAAAAUGUGGUAACAAUUUUUAAAAGAGAUUUAUAGUAUAGACAUUAUCCCUUGAGGGAUCUCUGCUUUCUUUUGCUACCGCUUUUAGAAGAAAAAAGAAACUGGUUGAAUAGGAAAAAAAAUGAUUUGGAUAUGUCAUGUUGGAACUUUCGUUUGAAGGUUCCAUUAUGGUAAAGGCUAAUUUAAUUCCUGCUGGGUUUUUUCCUUUUAAAUAAAUGGAGGAGAAAAAUAUUAAAGGGUAAUGACAUAUUAAUACCUAGCUUUUCCUCAGAGGAAAAGAGGAAAAGGGGGAAGUAAAUUUAAAGCAUUAGCUUUAUUAUUUGGAUUGAUUUUAAUGUCAGUCAGUUACCAUCAUGAAUGGGCACUCAGAUUUUAACUUGACAUAGCAACAAAAACUAGGGACCACUGGUUUCCAAAAUUGGUAGCAGUUGAUUUUCUUUGUCAUUUUUUGGAUAUAUUACUAACUUAGUUUUUCAUUUUUGGAGUGAGAUCAUAUUGACCUAGCUGAGCUGGGCAGGUAAGGAUUAAUUUAGUCUCUGAGAUACAAUAUCUUGAAAAAAGCCUAUGAAAUUGUUACCAGAUUUUUCAGUUUUUACCAGUUGUGCCUCCUGUUAGUGAAGGAGAAGUAUUUAGUGGCAUUGUGCUCUUUCCUGCCUGGCAGGAAAGAGUUAUCACUUAAUUUCAGACUGUGAACAUGUUUUAAUUCAGUGUUUCUCAAAGUAUGAUCCUUAGAUAAUAAGCAUAGUAAUUACUUAGGGAAUUUGCUGAAAAUGGAAAAUUCUCAAACCCCACCCCAUAGUCAAUGGAUCAGAAUUUUUGGGGGGAGGGUGGACCCAGAAAUCUGCAUUUCUAAUCAAAAUUCCAAUGGUUUUUACACAGGGGACCACUGUGUGUGUGUGUGUAUUUUAUUGAAGUUUGACUAUUUACCUGAUUUCUUUCAGACCUGCAUAGGCCUAUGCAGUCCUUUUAUCUAUUUUUGUAAAGCAUGAUUAGAAUAUAAUAAAAAAGGUCAUUAUGAUUUGCUUUCUGAUAAAAAGAUUGAGAACAACAUUUAAAGUAGUAUUCCUUUAGGACUUCCCUAGCAGUCCAGUGGUUAAGACUCCGUGCUCCCAAUGCAGGGGGCACGGUUUCGAUCCCUGGUGGGGGAAGAUCCUGUGUGCCUCAUGGCAUGACCAAAAAAAAAGUAGUAUUCCUUUAGCUUUAAAAUUUAUUUUAAAUAAAAACAUUUGUUCUGAUUAUAAAAGUAAUAUGUGCUCAUUGUGGAACAUUACAGAAAUUUAGGAAAUUAUAAAAUGAUAACAAUCACCCAUAAUACUAUUUCCUGGAGAUAAGCAUUCUAAUUUUGUCAUGUUUCCUUCCAAUAUCUAUUUCUCUAUUUGUCCCUCCCUUCUUCCUUCUCUGUGUCUUUAUGGAAAACAACAUAUGCAGUUUUGAUCCUGCUUUUUUUCUACCUAACAUAUAAGCAUUUUACCACAUUACUAAAUUAUUUUUAACAAACAACUUUUAGUUGCAUUAUAUUCCAUCAUAGGGGUGUACCAUAAUUUGUUUAACCAUCCCCCUAUUGUUGAACGUUUAGGUUGUUUUCAGUUAUUUCUAUGAGAAAAAUGUCUUUCUGUUUAAAAUCUUGUCUAAUUCUGAUUAUUUUCUUUAAGAUAGGGUUAUGUAUAUAAAUUUAUUGUGGUCAAAGGGCAUAAAUAUUUUUAAACUCUUGUUGAAUAUCAACAGAUUGUUUUGAGAAUGGUUUUUAUUCCAAUAUGUACUUCCACAUAUACUUCUGGAAAUGCCAGAAAGAAGUCUUCUCUGUCAGUUGAAAUGUCUAUGAUUUUAUCUGCCUCAGUCAUUCGUGUCAGAGAUGGACUGCCACUUUCUGCUUCUACUGACUAUGAACAAGGCACAGGCAUGCAGGAGUGCAGAAAGUAUUUUAAAAAGCUCUCGAGAAAACUGGCUCAGCUUCCUGAUAGAUGUACACUGAAAACUGGACAUUAUAACAUUAAUUUUAUUAGCUCUAUGGGAGUGAGCUACAUGAUGUUGUGCACUGAAAAUUACCCAAAUGUUCUGGCCUUCUCUUUCCUGGAUGAGCUUCAGAAGGAGUUCAUUACUACUUAUAACAUGAUGAAGACAAAUACUGCUGUCAGACCAUACUGUUUCAUUGAAUUUGAUAACUUCAUUCAGAGGACCAAGCAGCGAUAUAAUAACCCCAGGUCUCUUUCAACAAAGAUAAAUCUGUCUGACAUGCAGAUGGAAAUCAAGCUGAGGCCCCCUUAUCAAAUUUCCAUGGGUGAACUGGGGUCAGCCAAUGGAGUAACAUCUGCAUUUUCUGUUGACUAUAAAGGUGCUGGUAAGAUUUCUUCUGCUCACCAGCGACUGGAACCAGCAACUCUGUCAGGGAUUGUGGCAUUUAUCCUUAGUCUUUUAUGCGCAGCUCUGAAUUUAAUUCGAGGCUUUCAUGCCAUAGAAAGUCUCCUGCAGAGUGAUGGUGAGGAUUUUAAUUACAUUGUUGCAUUUUUCCUUGGAACAGCAGCCUGCCUUUACCAGUGUUAUUUAUUUGUCUACUACACCGGCUGGCGGAAUGUCAAAUCUUUUUUGACUUUUGGCUUAAUCUGUCUAUGCAACAUGUAUCUCUAUGAACUGCGCAACCUCUGGCAGCUUUUCUUUCACGUGACUGUGGGAGCAUUUGUUACACUCCAGAUCUGGCUGAGGCAAGCCCAGGGCAAGGCUCCUGAUUACGAUGUUUGACACCAUCCUUCAGACAUGUUGCCUUGGCUUCAGGGGAAAAAGGAGGGAGCAUAUCUUAACUACCACUGUGAUGAAGAAACUGUUCACCACAAAUGAGAAGCUCUGCUGUCUUUCUCUGCAGCUGUCCUUUUCGUUUUAAGUCAGCAUACCUGCUACGCAAACUCCUCUCAGCAGAAUGUUGGCCGUGAGAUUAUCAAUCAGAAGAAGAUGAGGAGACCUCUCUGCAGGGCCAUGGCAGUGGAAGAACAGUCAGAUGCCAUUGGAAGACUUGGCCAGCAGCCCUGAAUCCUGGCUGGAGAGUUCAGUCAAAAAUUACGUGUGGUACUUGCUCUGAGAACUAAGCAGGAGCUCUACAACCCGGGUUUGCCUUUGUGAGGCAUUAGUGUAGACCAAAUAAAAUGAUGCUGCAGUGAAUUGGAAAGUUUAUGUGUAAAACAAAUUACUUGCUAAAUAUUAGAUUUUGCACAUUUAUGGUACCAGUUUGUGAAGUCCAGAUUGGUGUGGAAUGGGUUCUUUUUCCUUUUAUAUUUUUGCUUGAAUCUUAACUCUGGAAAUCGCCCGAUGUAGGAGAAGGCUCUGGUGAGCUCAUCCCUGGAGCAUUGCAAGUAUUGAAAACACAGUGACACAUGUUUCUUUCCUAGGCCAUGUUUAUACUUUCUUUUGAAAUCACUUUUUAAAAAUAUUUGUUAGGCUAUAGCCAUUGUUUGCCAAACUUCAAUCACUUGAGUAUUAAAUAUGCUAUUAUUUACUUAAUAUUUAUCUUUUAAAUUUUAAAUAUUUUAAAAAGAAACUAAUCUCUAUUCCAAGUAGAAAACCAGCAUCAGUUUGCCAUAAAAAAGGAUAACUACAAAAUAAAUAAAAAUAAAACAAAGAUGUUAUUAAAUUCUAGCUGGAUACUAAUGCCUGCCAAGGCUCUGAAUCCAAAAAGCCUGCUCUUUCUUUGUUGCAGUGAGAGAGAUGUUACCCAGCACCAAAAUGGGGCUCUCUCUGUGGAAUUAUCAGAAGUUUAAAAGAAAAUUAUAAAGGGAAUGCCAUUCUCACUGUGAUUCAGCAUUAUUUAAUUCUGUGUUGUGUAUCACCUAAAAUCAUCUUGCAUGCCACCAAGUGGCAUGGGUCCUGCACUAUGGAGACACUGAGCUGUUCUAAAAGAAUCAGAAGGUGACUCUUCUCUCCGCACUUCUCAUUAUUCCUCUUAUUAUUUUAUGGCUUUGAGGAGUUAAGCACCUACUAUCUUAGAGAACUUACUUGCUUUUUGAUAACUUUAUAAAGAUUGUUUAAGCAGCUUUGAAUUAAUAAUAGAGGAAGCAUAGUUUGUUUCCAUUAGCAAAAUCUACAGCUCAUCUGGUUUCGAAGUCAUCUUCAUGAGUGAUUUUCUUGAGAAAAGAUUCCAAUUAAGGAAUUCAUAACGUACUGAAAUUUGAUAUCCAGAAAAACAGUGGACCCAUUACAUAUAAUUCAUGUUCUGGGUAUAUUAAUUUUGCAGAAGAAAUUGUCCAGAGAGGUAAAGUCACUGAACUACACUGUUUCCAGAACCAGUAUACAUAGGUAUGUCUACAAUGAGAAAUCUUGCUUAACUAGAACCUUUUUGCUACACUCUUCUUUCAGGAGAACGAGGCAAAAGAAGACAGUAAGCUUACGAUUUCGGGGAUUUAUUUAAUGCAAGAAACUCCAGUUUCCUCCAAUUUUCUGCCUGUAACAAAACCACAGAAAUUAUGAAUAUUCUGAGAGAUAUCCCAAGGUACCACAUGAUCCUAAAUCAUCAAAAUAAAAUUGAUUUAUGUUUGGCGUUUUGUAGUUACUGAGCCAGGAAAGUAAAGUGGUUCAAUUUAGAAAGUAUAUUUUUCUAAGCUAAUGGUUAAAGCAAGAAAAGUUUUCUUGUAAAUAGUCAAUUAACCAGGAGAUUGGAGUAUUCUGGUUCAUUGUGAUUUUGCUGUAUAUUGAUAUUUUAUAGCUCUUUUACCAGUUUGGUUCUCCUUAUUAUUGAAUUAUAAUAUUUGGUAUUUGGAUACAUUGAGCAAGGACACUUGAAAACUCACCAGCUAUCUUUAAAGGCUUAAUUUGUUUUUUGUUUUUGUUUUGCUUUUUCACCAGCUAUUUUGGAUAAGGGGAUGUUUACAUUUUAAUGUAAAAAAUGAAAACAGGUAUAAAUAAUGUUUUAUGUAUAGAAAUGCUUUCUUUCAUUAUUUGGUGCCUGCAUCUCUCAGUGUUUAUACAACUUCUCUGCCUCUAUCAUGUUGUUGCCAAAGAAACUAUGAAUUUGGAAAGAUAAAUUUUUGCCAUGAAUGUAAAGAAGUUUUUAAGCUCU